AUGGCGACCACAUCAUCUGAUUUGAAAGAGGAAGUGAAGAAGAAGAGGAAGAAGGAGGGAAUGGGAUGGAUAGAGUGGUUGAGAGGUUUGUUCUAUGUGGUGUAUGAGAUGCCGUUCCAGAGAAUCACUGCCAGCCAUUUGCAAAUCCCAAUGCCUUUGCCUCCUGUCAACCAUCUCACAUGCAUUGUCACUGGAUCCACUAGCGGUAUCGGCUGCGAAAUUGCCAGGCAGUUGGCGGAGGCCGGUGCACAUGUUGUAAUGGCAGUGAAAAACACCAAAGCAGCUAAGGAGCUGCUCCAGAAGUGGCAAAAUGAAUGGUCUGGAGUCGGCCUUCCUCUCAAUAUCGAGGUAAUGGAACUUGAUCUACUCUCCUUGGAUUCUGUUGUGAGAUUUUCUGAAGCGUGGAAUGCACGGUUGGGACCUCUGCAUGUUCUUAUCAAUAAUGCUGGGAGAUUUACCAUUGGAGCGCCACAAAAUUUUUCAAAAGAUGGGUAUGAAGAGCACUUACAAGUGAAUCAUCUGGCUCCAUCACUUCUAUCAGUAUUGCUAUUGCCAUCCCUUAUUAGAGGCUCUCCAAGUCGAAUUGUAAAUGUCAAUUCCAUUGUAAGUCCAUUUUAUGUUGGGUUCAUUGACACAGACGACAUGAACCUUGUGUCUGGGAAAAGAAAAUAUACAAGCUUAGCAGGUUAUUCGAGCAGCAAGCUCGCACAGAUUAUGUUUAGUUGUGUCUUACAUAAGCGGCUGCCUGCUGAAGCUGGUAUUUGUGUAACAUGUGUUUCUCCUGGUAUUGUCCAGACAAAUGUUACGAGGGAUCUUCCCAGAAUCAUUCAAGCUGUUUAUCGUUUGGUACCCUAUUUUAUCUUUAGCCCUCAAGAAGGUUCGAGGAGCGCUCUCUUUGCAGCCACUGAUCCUCAGGUUCCGAAAUACUGUCGGUUGUUGAAAUCAUAUAACUUUCCUGUUUGCGCUUUCAUUUCUCAAGAUUGCAACCCAAUCAUGCCUUCUGAAGAAGCUCUUAAUGUUGAGACUUCACACAAAGUGUGGGAGAAGACAUUUGAGAUGAUUGGCCUUCCUUCUGAUGCUGUGGAGAGGCUCAUAGAAGGGGAAGAAGUUGCAUGCAGAUCGAUAUGGAGCUCAUAA